GCGGCAGAGCUGGCGCCGGGGCCGCUCCCCCCGCGCCCUCCCCCCGGGGCAGCCGCCAGCGCACCCCGCGAGUGGCCGUGGGGGGUCAGAGGAGCUGAUGGGGCGUGGGGCAGCCUCUGUCCCCCCCGUGGCCUCAGUCCCUGCAAGGAGAGGAAGAGGAGGAGGCAGAACUGGCCACCUCUAACCUGGACCUGGAGAGCAAGAAAGCCACCCACACCAAGCUGUCAUGGCAGCAACCAGUGAACGUCUUCCUAGCGGCCGGGCGCCCGCCGGGCAUGGAGCAGCUGCACCAGGAGGCCCAGCUCAACCUCCAGAGCUUGCUGCAAGAGGAGUAUGAGGAGCAGUACACGGAGAGCAGAGUCACUGGGCAGACCUUCCGCGCUGCUGGUCACUCGCCCGCCGACGCCUCCCCCGAGCCAUCACCCCGACCCCCGCCCGCCAAGCGCCUCGAGUUCGUGCUUAUGCCCCCCAGCCAGCGAGCGACUGAAGAAGAGACCACAGGCACCACCGCGCUGGGUGCACAGCUGCCUGACGCCUCCCUGAGCCUCCCCACCAGCCCCGACAAGCAGCCAGCCUGGAGCAGGGCCUUUCCCCUGCCCACCGUGGAGGAGAAGCAGUGGCACCAGUCCUGCUCCAUCCAAACCAACAUCGUCCCCAUCAAUGUCUCAGGGCAGCACCUUGCCAGGCAUGCCAGUGCUCGGCACUCCCUGUUUAACACAGAGACCGCCAUCAACCCCAAGUCCACCCUGCGGCGCAGACGGACCGUUAUCGGAUUCCCUCACCUGUCACUGCGAGACCAAGGCAGCGCCAACGGCCCCACGUCCAACGCACACAGGCCCAUCGCCGAGUCCCUCUCCUGCAGCUUCGUGCCCGAGGCCACAAGCGGGGUGAAGGUGCCUCAGAUCAGCGCCCCCCAGCCCCUCUCUGCCCCGCUGAGGAAGACCUUCAGCGACCUGGGGGCCCGCUGCUGCCUGCCGCCGGCCGCCAUGGACAGUGUGGCCACCCCCUGCGCCGGCGCCUGCAACGGACCCCCGGCCACCCCCUUCCCCCCGCCCUGGAGUGGCCUGAGCUACACCAGCCCCUCCAGCCCCGCCGGUGCCCAGGGCCAGGCACCCACCUGCACCUCACCGGGUGGCUCCAUCGCAUCACCCGGCCCCGGCUCACCCGCCAUGGCCGCCACCUCCUUCUUCAUCGCCAUGGAGGAGCACGUGGGCAGCAACGGGCCCAGCUCCUUCUGUGGCUCGAUGCCAGAGUCGCCCUGCACCGCUGGGGGUGGCCAGAGUGGCGAGGGCCAAGGACCCAAGGUGAACUUCGUGCCGGGAAGCCCAGAGGAGCCAGAGCCGGCGCGGCUGGAGGUGGAGCGGGCAGGGUGCCGGUUCCGUGAGCGGUCGCUGUCGGUGCCCACUGACUCGGGCUCCCUCUGCUCCGUGGACAUCGCCUACGCCGAGACCCGGCGGGGCAGCGCCAACUACGCUCUGGGCUACCCCAGCGCCAGCUCCGAGGGCAGCACCAGCACCGACAACGUCUCGCUGGGGUUGGAGCAGGAGGGGCAGCGGCGGCGGCGCUCCAAGAGCAUCUCCCUCAAGAAGGCCAAGAAGAAGCCGUCGCCGCCCACGCGCAGCGUCUCUCUGAUCAAAGAGGAUUCCGCUGCGGGGCCCGGGCUGGCGUUGCCCAAGGAGCAGCGGCCCAAGAGCCUGUGCAUCCCGGCAGAGCCCCAGGGCCACCGGCUGGUGCACGCCGACCCGCGGGGCAGCGCGGGGAGGGAGCCCGACGGCACGGCCGCCCCGCACCAGUGGCACCCCGCGGACUGGAAGGCGGGCGAUCCCUACCGAUCCCUCUCCGGCUCCAGCACAGCCACGGGCACCACGAGCACCGAGUGCGCCAAGGCACAGGGCAGCUCCGAGUCCCUCGCGUCCCCCUCUGUCUCCAGGGCCACAACGCCCUCCCAGCUCUCCGCCGAGGCAGACCUCAAGACCUCGUCCCCGGGCAGGCCCACAGGGCUGAUGUCCCCGUCCAGCGGGUACUCCAGCCAGUCGGAGACCCCGACCCCUACCAUCCCAACCUCCGCCAUCCUCGGGCACUCCCCGCACCAGAUCCGGGUGAGGCCGCUGGUCCCCGAGAGGAAGUCCUCCCUGCCCCCCACGUCCCCCAUGGAAAGGAGCCCCAAGUCCAGGCUCUCCUUCGACCUGCCACUCACACCACCCGCCCACCUCGACCUCUCGGGGCUGAAGAUCUCCCUGAAGGGCAAGACGAAGGUCAGCCGGCACCACUCCGACUCCACGUUCGGCGCCAAGCUGGCGCAGAAGAGCAGCCCCAUCGCUGCCAUCAUGCCGGUGGUGACGCAGUCCGACCUGCGCUCCGUCCGCCUCCGCUCCAUCAGCCGCUCGGAGCCGGAGGACGGCACCGACAGCCCGGAGCACGCCGAGGAGCCGGCGCGGGGUCCCUGCCCGGCGCCGGAGAGGAAGGUGAAGCCGCCCGUGGCAGAGAAGCCGCCGCUGGCCAAGCGGCCCCUGAGCAUCCUGCCCAAGCCCCCAGCUCUGCGGGACGAGGGUCCCCUUUCCCCCACGGCCGCCAAGGAGAAGGGGCUGCCACAGGAUGGAUUUGCAGUGCUGCAGAAAGGGGAGCUGAGGAGGGGUCCAGCAGAGCUCCCCUCGGCUCAGACCCCAGUGGGACCCCGGCGGCUCUCACAGGGCAGCCUGGAGGACGAGCCUCGGCUGGAGCGGAGCUGUGCCAGCGAGCGGGAGCAGAGGAAGGCCAAGGUGCCACCCCCAGUGCCCAAAAAGCCCAGCGUGCUCUACCUGCCGCUCGUCCCGGCGCCGGCGCAGCUGGGAGCCGGCGGGGGGGAGCAGCCACCCACCCCCAGCCCCAUCAUCACACUGGACACCGACUCCACCUGCUGCAGCCCCGACGCCGAGGAGGAGCUGCCAUCCCCAGAGGGCCCAGGCGCGGCGCGAGCCGGGGACCCUGCCAUGCAGCAAGGCACCCCGGCGGAGGCUGGCACGGAGAAGAGCUUCGUCAGUGACAAGACAGCCGACUCCAUCGCAGAGGAGGACGACGACGUGUUCGUGACAUCCCGCACCACGGAGGAUCUCUUCACCGUGAUCCACAGGUCCAAGAGGAAGGUCUUGGGGCGGAAGGAGCCUGGUGACACCUUUGGCAGCCGGCCCAACUCCCACUCACCCAUAAAGACGUCAGGGUCCCUGAGCGGCGAGCCACCGGCCGCAGCGGGCAGCGGCACCAGGUCCUCCAGCCGGAACGAAGACUUUAAAGCGCUGCUCCAGAAGAAGGGCAGCAAAACCAGCCCUGGCACCCGGCCAUCUGCCGCAGAACUGCUCAAGACCACAAACCCGCUGGCUCGGAGGGUCAUGAUGGAGUUUGCUCCCGAGCUAGAUGGUGCAAACAGCCCCAAAAGCCAGCCCUAACCUCGUGUGGCCCCUUCUGGCCGUGAAGGGCUGGGGACGGCUGCAGAGGGAGCGUUGCUGCGGGUGGGCUGUGCCGGCCAAGUCCGUGUGUCCUGCCAAGGGUUUGCUUCUGCUUUUGUUCCUUCCUCGGAGAGCUGCCGGCGGAGGGGCAGCACUGGGAGCCCAAGGGCCUGUGUCUCUGUUGGAGCUGGGCCCUUUCCUGGAGGGAAGAGGCGGCACUGCGGUUGGGACCGUCCCGGCUGAGCUGGCUCCCGGCACUGAAGGCGCCAGCUCAGGAAGCAGAGCAGGACUGCGGCCCCCAGCGUCGCUCAGCGCCCACAGCUUCAAACUGUUUGGUCACUUUGGCAUGUGGUACUUUAAAUGGCUUUUCUAACGCACAGUGGUGAUGAUGUUUUAUUCUCUUUCACGUGACGUUGUACCUUGAGUUUCCCAAGGGAAGAUCCUGGGUGCCUGCUCGGCUGGAUCCAUGGAGAUGUACUUUGGGAAGACAUCCAGGGGCCGGCUGGAACUGAGGCCGCUGCGGCAGAGACACACACGGCUCCCGUUCAUCGUCCCGAGCAUCCUCCCCAGCACAUGGGCAACAAGCACCCCAGGGUCUGCAGGCAGCACCGCCACCUUCAGCCUAAAUCCAGCCCCUCAAAAGCCCCCAGAAUGCUGCAUUUUGGAGCUCCUCAACUCUUGGUCCAAAAGCAAAGCCCAGGGUGGCCUCUGCCAGGCCCGACAGCCUCUCUGCUCCCCCCCCCUGUGCUCCAACAACCUCCCCAUGCCCUGAGAGCCUCCCCAUGCCCUCACAGCCUCCCGGCACCACAACAGCCUCCCUGCUCCCCGACAGCCUCCCCACACCAGCAGGACCACGCCACGCUGUGAGCUGUGGGUGACAUGGGGUGUGGGUGUCCCUGUGCUGCAGGAGGCGCUGGGGCAGCCGCGCUGCCAGGGGAGGCCGGUCCCCAGCUCUGCUCUGUGCAUCGCACCCAACGGCCCGGCGACAGCAUCCCCACCAACAUCUGCCACGUCAGCCGCUGCAGCCCCGAGCUGUCAGCCAAGCUGCACUCCCCAGAGUGUCCGUGUGCCAGCCAGGCUGCGCUCCCCAGAGUGUCCGUGUGCCAGCCAGGCUGUGCUCCCCAGAGUGUCCCUGUGCCAGCCAGGCUGCGCACCCCAGAGUGUCCCUGUGCCAGCCAGGCUGCGCACCCCAGAGUGUCUGUGUGUCAGCCAGGCUGCACUCCCCAGAGUGUCUGUGUGCCGGGAUGUGCUGCUGAGCCAUGUGCCAGACCCGGCACGGUGUGUGCCCAUCGGUGUGGCGGUGGCAGGUGCUGUGGCAGUGCUGGGGCUGUGAGGUUGGCAUGUGCCAUGCUGCCCGGCUCAGCCAAAGGGAUGGUUUGUACCAAAGGGUGGGAUCUGUCCCUUUCACCUUCAGCUGCUUCUUCCUACCUUGGCUCUGGCAAGGGAGCCGCGGUAGUGGGUGACAGAGGCCAUGGUGAGGGGCAGCGGGGCAGGGACAGCCACCACGGCCAGGGCAGAGCUCAGGAGGAGGGGAGCACUGGGGGGAAAGGUCAGCCCCAGCUCACACACGAGCGUGUCUGUAGCUGCAGAGGAAGGGUCAGGCUUCAGCUGACAGAGAAAUGAGGGGUUGGGGGAGAUUUCUGCUUUAUUCCUUGAUCUAUUUCUGCAAGCUUUAGCGUGCCACAGCCUUCCUGUGAGUGGGGGAGAGCAAUGCAGAUGGGUUUGGGCAGCACUACAUCCCUCCAAGGGCCAGGGUUGGGCUGGAGUGGGGUCUCUGCAUGCCCAGGAGGUCUGCACAGUGGCUGGGCUCCCGGGGAACUCAGCCCUCCACAAAUGCCUCCCCAGCCACGCACUCAUGCUGAAUUUGAUGCUAAAAGAGGCUGCACUGUCUUUGUGGUUUCCUCCUGCCCUCUCCCUCUUGUUACUUGCACAUUGCUUCCUCCGCUCUCCCGGGGCUGCAGAUUUAAGCCUGUAAUUAAGAUCCAGGCUGAGAAACUCAGGAAAAACAAAACAAAACAAAAGUUCUAUCGAAUCUCCAUGGUCUCCAUCCCACAGCAGCCGGCCCUCCCGGCGCUGGCACAGCGGGGACAUGGCCUGGGGAUGGGGAUGGGAGGGGGAAGCUCUGUGGUGAUGGGUACGUUUUGCACAUGACUGCUCAGGAAACCAGUGGUGGUGGAGGCGGUGGGCCAGGAGCCAGAGAACGAGCUGGGACGUGGCAGGGGUCUCCUACAGACCCCAGGACGGCUGUCAGCUGAAGCGCUCAUCCGCUGGCGGGUAAGACACGUCCGGGGUGAAUCCUGGCUGCCGAGCCAGGGCUGGGCCAUGGGAUGGAGAUGCCCAUCGCCCUGGCCAGAGGAAGAGGCCCUUCCCAGCCAAGCAAAGCAGCUCCGGGCUGAGGCUCGUCCCAGGCUGUUGUGUCCCCUCGCUGUGGACGCAGAACCCUUUCUGCGGCUGUUCCGCUGCGGGAGCAGCAGCUCCCGUGCCCGGGGAGAGCCCGGCCGGUGCUGACAGCCCCGGGCUCAGCAGUGACAGCCCCCACUGCGGAAUGUUGUACUUUUUAAACCUCGCCAGCUUGGUAAAACCGCUCCCCGCUGA